UAUCCACUUUAAUUUUACUCGCAACUCGCAAGUCGAAGCUUCCUUUGAAACACGCACAAACCCCUCUCUUUCUCUCUCUCUUUCUCGCUUCAAGUGCAUGGCAAUUCGGGGCUUUUGUUUGAAAUUAGGGCACACACCUUUGGUUGAUUGAUCCUCACAAGCAGUGGAGAAGAUGUAAUCCCACCGAGACUGUGGCUCCUCCUUGGUAUAACUAUUAGAUUGAUUGAUAAGUAGUAACUGUAACUGUCUAGGGUUUUUCGCAUGAAGGGUACGUUGGAUCGGACGAAGGUGGUGCUGCGGCACUUGCCCCCUUCAAUUUCUGAGGCCGCACUUUUGGCCCAAAUUGAUGCCUCCUUCUCUGGUCGCUACAACUGGCUCUCUUUCCGCCCUGGCAAAAUCAGCCAGAAGCACAUGUCUUAUUCUAGAGCCUACGUUGACUUCAAGAGGCCAGAAGAUGUUAUAGACUUCGCCGAGUUCUUUAAUGGACACGUCUUUGUAAAUGAAAAGGGAACCCAGUUCAAAGUCAUUGUUGAAUAUGCUCCUUCACAACGUGUUCCAAGGCAAUGGUCUAAAAAGGAUGGUCGUGAUGGAACCAUAUAUAAAGAUUCUGAGUAUCUGGAGUUUCUUGAACUACUUGCCAAGCCUGUUGAGAAUCUUCCCAGUGCUGAGAUACAAUUGGAGAAGAGGGAAGCUGAUCGAUCUGUUGCUGCAAAAGAUGUUCCUAUAGUUACACCACUGAUGGACUUUGUGCGCCAGAAAAGAGCUGCCAAGGGACCUCGGAGAUCAUUGUCUAAUGGGAAAGUGAGUAGAAGAGCUGGCACAUCAUCAAAUGGGAAUCUUAGUUCUGCCACAUCAAGGCGGGGUUCUGGAAAGAAAAGGGUUUCCACUACAAUGUAUGUUGCAAGGGACCCAGGUAAAAGUUCUACUCUGAAAGACAAAUCAACUUACACUUUGGUUUCCAGGCAAAGUGAUCAGCAUCUUUCAAAUAAAACUUCAAAUCUGGCAGCUUCUGAUGGAAAUCAAAAUUUUGAUGAGAAUGGUGUUGCUGGAAAUAAUGAUGCUGGGAAGAAGAAAGUACUGCUUCUUAAAGGGAAAGAAAGAGAAAUAAUUACUGUAUCUGAUUUAGAUAGCAUGUCACAGCAUCACAAUGCAACAUCUUCAGCUAAAUUAGUUCCUGGUUCAACAGCUUUGAAGCAGAAUCAGAGGCAUGAAGGUAACAGGAGGAUUAUCAGAAGUAUACUUUCACACAAUGAUUUGCAUCAAAGCCAGUCUUCCAGGGCCCUCUCCGAGCAGCAAAUCCAAACAUCAAAUCUAGAAAAAGAAAGGCGAGCCCCUCGCCCCGUGCAUGUGCAACUGAUUUUGAAGGGCACUAAUGGGGCACCAGAGAAUAAAAUUGCUGUGCAUGAUUCACAUAUUUCUAGCGAGAGACAGGAGCGACGUGUUAGACAUAAGGACAGACCUGAUCGUGGUGUUUGGACAAGUCGUUCCAAUGGAGGUGAUGAUUCUCUGUCAUCCUCUACUUCCUCACAAGUAGAUCCUUUGGAAGAUUUGAAACAUGACAUGCCAAAUGCAAGAAGUGGGGAGGUGAAAUCCCUUGGAAGUGUCCGUGCCAGUCAUUCAUCAGUAGAAAAUGGUUUUAGUAAGCAUUUUGGUCGCCGUGGACCAACACAUGGGGUGAAAGAUGUUGAUGGCUAUUCAAUUUCAAGUGAUGGGAAACAUCCAAGAAGAUCUAGUACCUCUGCUUAUGGUUCCAGCGAGAAACAAGUUUGGGUUCAAAAAGCAAGUUCUGGGACCUAGAGUAUUAUUUAGAUUGGUGAGAUGCAUUCCCUUUAUCAGCCCUGUUGUCACAUAGCUUAGAAAAAUGCUUGUUGAUUAGCCAGUCUCAAAGAGUUGCCUGAUUGAUUUAUUUAUGACAUUUUAAAAUCUUUCUUGGUAUGUCAUCAAAAUGCUAGAAUAAUAGUUAUUAGUUAAUAUUACUAUAGAUCAAGUCAUCAUUAAUUUCCUGUGAAUUUUACUUUCACAAUCAAUUUUCUGUAUAAUAUUUAGUUAUUUACAUUAGCUGACCUCACCUAAUAAGAUAAGGCUUGGUUGUUGUUGUUGUUAUUGUAUUUAGUUAUUUACAUUAAUGUUAGUUUUGUGAAAUUUUGUUUCAAUUGUAAAUAUUGAUUGUGCAUGCUUUUAAUAGAAAUGUAGGUGAUAUACUUCUGGUUUGACUAUCUUUAAUAUGUGAUGUUAUGAUGUAGCUUAAUAAGCUGUGGUGUAUUUUCUAAGGGCAAUUUGCAUUGAUAACCUUCCCCUGAAAAUUGUAAUGAUAAUUAAAUGAUUGGAGUUACCAACCCAGAAUGUAAAAUAUGUUUUGUUCAGUGCUGAUGUAAGUUUAAGUCAUUUUUCUUGUAUCUACUUGUAUCAAGGUUGAUGAUUUUCCCUUGCAGUGGUAAGCUUGCUGACUUACAGUUUUGGAGCAUCCAAUGCUAGCUGCCAGAUUCUGUCUCUUUUUGGUGGACAGAUUCUUAUAAGAAAAUGAGUUUGUGUGGUUAAAAAAAUUCUUUUACAAUACAGAAGAGGAAAGUGAUGUAAUGCAUUUGAUUUGGCUUAAAAUAUUGAAGCAUAACUUCAUUGAAGAUGGCUCCCAGUAAAAAUAGAAAUGAAAACAGGGUAUCACAGUUGCCUGAUGUCCCAGUUACAAGUUGUUCCUAGUUUGAAGAAUUAUGGAUAGAUUUGCAUACCGUGGCAAAUUGACCUAGUAUGAGCAUAGUCUGGGUUUAUACAGGGUUAUCUUGAAUAGUUUUAGUGUAUAUAUAAAUCCAGGAUAUUGUGUAUCUGUUUCCUUAGUUCCUAUAUAUUCAAUCCCCAAUUAGGGGUAUUGUGUUAUCUUUUACCUUAGUUCCUCUAUAUACAAUCCCCUAUUUAGCUGUCUGGCGUAUACAACUGGGCGCUUGAUUGUGAUCCUGGAUAAUUUUUGGACUACCCUGGCUCAUAACCUGGAAUCAACACUCCAUGGAUGACGGUACAGGUUUGUGUCUUCAGUCUUAUGUUGACCGUGGAGUUUCUUGUAGAGAUGAGACACUGAAAUACAAUAGAUGGUGUGUUACUAAGGAUUAAUAAGGGGCUUGCGGGAUUUGUUAUUGUGUGGAUAUUGAUUUUGCUUUAAAAAUAUCAUUGUACAGUAUGGUGUUGCAUUUCUCAGCAUAACAUAGCUGUUUCAAUGCCGGUCCUUAAUUAUAUUGUCAAUUUUGUGCAUUGCUGCCU